UUCCGCCUGCGCCCAGUUUGUUUUCGGGGUGCGCGCACUCGUGACAUGGCCUUCUCUCUGCUAGAGUACAUCGUGUCGGUUCAUGGAUCCAUGGAGUCCAAAGAUCAGGACUUUCAGCCCUGGAGAGACUACAUGGGCUUGGCGGACAUGGUGAGAGGCAUGCAGAGGACGCCGGCGCUUUUGGAGGCGUCAGGGCGUCGGAAGAGUCCGGUCGAGGGUUCAUGUAACGACGAGCGCGCCAUCGCGCCUUUGGAGUCUCCAAGUGGCCCAACGCGAGCGCGCACGGUGAAGGCGAGUGAUAAGAGUAGCGCGGGGACCGACAGAAAGUUUUGCAGUUUUUGCAAACACAACGGCGAGUCGGAGACUGUCUUCACGUCGCAUUACCUUAAAGACCGUGAUGGAGACGUCGUGUGCCCUUACCUGAGGCAGUAUGUGUGCCCACAGUGCGGGGCCACUGGGGCUAGAGCACACACCAAGAGAUUUUGUCCAUUUGUGGACGAGGCCUACUCCUCAGUGUACGUCAGAUCUUCACGUUACUGAUUCGACUGAUUUUAGAAGUGAUUUUAACGUUUGCUCUUUUUAUCAGUAGCAACAGCUUGUGUCCGAGUUUGAAUAUGUGGUUUGAUUUUGCAUGUUUUUGUCACUUUUUUUAAAUCUGCUUGCUGUGUUUUCAAUUCCUUUCGCACUAUUGUGUUGUGGGUUUUGUGUGUGUGUUUUGUGAUGUAUUUAUAAACCUUUAUAACAAACUUGUACACAGGCCUUGUAGGCUUGCUACAGGUGCACAAGCUUUACUACAACAAAGACAAGCUCUUUUCUUUGUGACCAAAUUAUUUGUAUGUAAGAAUUAUGAUCCUCUGUAGUGCGAUUUAAAAAAAGUUUUUUAUGUGAAAUUUGGUUGUUUUAUACUCUUGAUGCUGUCUGGUUUUCUUCAUCAGUAAAAAGAUGCUAACAAAA